CUACCUCUUUCCUCUCAUAGGACAGCCUUACGGGGACUAGUUUUGUUUUCUGUUUCCUCCUCAUACCUGUGCCUCAGACAGACAAGUCCCGUCGACUGCCCCUCUUGUUGAUAUAAAGAGGGAAUCUACCACGUCCCGCUGUAUAGGGACUCCCAAGAAGCCGAACAUUGCAAGUCGCAGACGUCAACAACCAAGCAAAGAAGACCGACCCCGUCGAGUUUUUGAGAACUGGCUGAAACACUGCCUACUCACUCUACCUUGUAUCGACGAGCACGCACCCCAUCCUCGCCGUUUCCCUCAAUCAAUCUUCGCUCCCUGCUCAACUACCUGUCCAAGCCACGACUCUACCGCCGCCUUGGUCUGUUCGCCAAAGCUCGCCGAGGUCAGGCUGUUCAUCAUGGCAACCCCGCCUACUCCCAUGAAGUACUCUCCAAAGAGACUGGUUGUGUGCUGUGAUGGCACAUGGAUGAACUCGGAGAGCGCCUACGUGAAACCCACCUUCUGGAAGCCCAAGGGCUCCCUCCAGAUCCCAUCCAACGUGACUCGGAUCUCGAGAUGUUUUCGCCGUAGGUGCAGCGACGGUCGAGUGCAAGUCAUCGAGUACGAGUCGGGCGUCGGCACGGGGAGCAACACCCUCGAUACCCUCACCGGCGGCGCCUUUGGUAUUGGUCUCGGCGAAAGAGUCCGCAAUAUCUACAGCUUUCUCUGCGCAAACUACUGCGACGGCGACGAGAUUGUCCUUGUCGGCUUCUCGCGGGGCGCCUAUAUCGUCCGCUGCGUUGCUGGAAUGAUCGCUGACCUGGGCCUCCUGACCCGUGAAGGGGUGGAGCAUUUUUGGCCUAUCUUCAAAGACAUGGAGAAUUGGAACAACCACCGCUACCGUGACGAGUUCCCUACCGUGCCGUUUGACAACAAACCCAAGGGUGAGGGGGCUGCGGAUGUUUACCGGUCUAGGUUGGAGAAGCUUGGCAUGACCCGUGUUCGACAAGAAGAAGGCACUGGCGACAUCAUCAAGGUCAAGGCUGUCGCCGUCUGGGAUACCGUCGGUAGCCUAGGCAUCCCCCAAAUUGCCUGGUUGAACAGGCUUGGAAUCUACGCAUCGAACCAGGAGUUCAAGUUCUGGGACACGAGCCUUUCAGACAGAGUUGAGCACGCAUUUCAGGCUCUUGCCCUUGACGAAACACGCUAUUCUUUCCAACCCGCUGUGUGGGAACGCCUCGAGGCCAAUAAGCUGUCGACGGAUCUUCGACAGGUUUGGUUCCCUGGUAACCACUCGAACUGCGGCGGUGGUUGGAAUGACCAGGGAAUGGCCAACAUCACGCUUGCUUGGAUGAUGGACCAGCUGGCUUCGAUCGGCGUUGAGUUUAACCACCGCGCCCUCGAGCGCUGUGUGGAACAAUCCAACACUUUCUAUGCGGAGUUGCUGAAACCGAAGAGCACUCUGAAGUGGGCCACGGAGCCCAUCUACAGCCAGAACCACCCUCUCAGGCCAUGGGGUCUGGGCGCCAUCCAGAAGACACCGAGCCUUCUCUAUUCCUUGGCCGGAAAGAUUACUCGCUCGCCCGGUCUGUACAGGCAGGCCAACGCGCACACAGAAGCUCUGAGCGGUCCCUUUCUCAAGGACACGAACGAGCGUAUUCACUCCUCAGUACGUAUUCGUCUGGCCUGUAAAGGCCUCGGUCUCAACGAUGUUGGUGUGUGGGACAAUCCAGCCUUGAAGAAGAACUGGAAGCUCGUCCGUAAAAAGGCCCAGUAUCACGACCCGGUGCCGAACCACCCUUCUUGGGAGCCUGAGGAGGACAGACAGGAGUGUAUGGAGCAUCCUUCCCAGUCCGAUGACGGCCGUUGGGUCUGGGAGUACUGCGGGCCCGAUGAGAAGGCCCCUACCAGCGCUUCAGCGAGGGUCAUGGUGGAGGAGCCUUUGGGACCGUACGAGCGUCACCUGUUAAAGUUGACGGGUGGCAACCCCAACGUGUACCAAAACAACCACGAGAAGGCUCGGUGAAAGAGCCAGGCUGUUUCCAUUUGCAUCAUUAGGCGUUUAGAUACCACCUUGUCCUGAUUCCCCCGGCUUCGGUGUUUCGUAAGGCUUGUUUUCAGGACAUGAAGAUAGAUUAAUCGAGCAUUUUUAUGAC